AUGAAAUCCCUCUACAGACUUGCUGUGAUGGCAGAUAUACAGAAUAUCCUACAGACAAAGUAUGGGAAUUUGAAUGUCUCUGUAAUCUCAUUCAGCCUUGGAUCGGUGAUCGUCAUCUUACAAAUCCUCUUUCCCGAUGGCACUGUGGUGACUAUUGCAGAUAUUCAAGCCUUGUUUGAUGAAGUGAGGAGGACUGGCAUGCUCGGAAACCUGACAGUGGAUGCUUUCAGCAUCGCAUUUAAUGGUACACAGUUAUUGAUGCCAACAAGCACUCAGUCCAUGACAACAACAGAGACAAAGACAACCAUAGAAGCUACAACAACUUCACAGACAUCAGCAACAAAAUCCACAAUGUCAGAGGCUCCAACAACAACAGAAGUUUCAACAACUUCACAGGCUGAAACAACCACAGAACUUACAACAUCUUCACAGGCUAUAAUAACCACAGAAGCUGCAACAUCUUCACAGACUCCAACAACCACAGAAGCUACCACUUCACAUGUUUUAACUACCACCAAAGCAACAACAAAUUCACAAUCUGAAACAACCACAGAACCUACAACAACUUCACAGGCUACAACAACCACAGAAGGAACUACUUCACAGGCCCUAACAACCACAGAACCUACAUCAACUUCACAGGCUGAACCAACCAUAGAAUUUACAACUACUUCACAGGCAACAACAACAACAGAAUCUACAACCACUUCACAGGCUGAAACAAAAACAGAGGCUACAACAUCUUCACAGGCUCCAACAACCACAGAAGGUGCAACUUCCCAGGCCCUAACAACCACAGAACCUACAUCAACUUCACAGGCUGAAACAACAACAGAAUCUGCAACAACUUCACAGGCUGAACCAACCACAGAAUUUACAACUACUUCACAGGCUACAACAACAGAAUCUACAACCACUUCACAGACUGAAACAAGAACAGAGGCUACAACAUCUUCACAGGCUCCAACAACCACAGAUGGUGCAACUUCCGAGGCCCUAACAACCACAGAACCUACAUCAACUUCACAGGCUGAAACAACAACAGAAUCUGCAACAACUUCACAGGCCCUAACAACCACAGAACCUACAUCAACUUCACAGGCUGAAACAACAGCAGAAUCUGCAACAACUUCACAGGCUGAAACAACAACAGAAUCGGCAACAACUUCACAGGCUGAAACAACAACAGAAUUUGCAACUAUUUCACAGGCUACAACAACAGAAUCUACAACCACUUCACAGGCUGAAAUAAGAACAGAGGCUACAACAUAUUCACAGGCUCCAACAACCACAAAAAAUGCAACUACUUCACAGGCAACAACAACAACAGAAUCUGCAACAACUUCACCGGCUGAAACAACAACAGAAUUUGCAACUACUUCACGAGCUACAACAACAGAAUUUACAACCACUUCACAGGCUGAAACAACAACAGAGGCUACAACAUCUUCACAGGCUCCAACAACCACAGAAGGUGCAACUUCCCAGGCCCUAACAACCACAGUACCUACAUCAACUUCACAGGCUGAAACAACAACAGAGGCUACAACAUCAACUACACAGGCUGAAACAACAACAGAAUCUGCAACAACUUCACAGGCUGAACCAACCACAGAAUUUACCACUACUUCACAGGCAACAACAACAACAAUAGAAUCUACAACAACUUCACAGGCUGAGACAACAACAGAGGCUACAACAUCUUCACCGGCUCCAACAACCACAGAAGGUGCAACUUCUCAGGCCCUAACAACCGCAGAACCUACAUCAACUUCACAGGCUGAAACAACAACAGAAUCUGCAACAACCUCACAUGCUGAAACAACCACAGAAUUUACAACUACUUCACAGGCAACAACAACAACAGAAUCUACAACCACUUCACAGGCUGAAACAACCAUAGAAGGUGCAACUUCCCAGGCCCUAACAAACACAGGACCUACAUCAACUUCACAGGCUGAAACAACAACAGAAUCUGCAACAACUUCACAGGCUAAAGCAACAGAAUCUGCAACAACUUCACAGGCUGAAACAACAACUGAAUUUGCAACUACUUUACAGGCUACAACAACAGAAUCUACAACCACUUCACAGACUGAAACAAGAACAGAGGCUACAACAUCUUCACAGGCUCCAACAACCACAGAAGAUGCAACUACUUCACAGGCAACAACAACAGAAUCUACAACAACUUCACAGGCUGAAACAACAACAGAGGCUACAACAUCUUCACAGGCUCCAACAACCACAGAAGAUGCAACUACUUCACAGUCAACAACAACAGAAUCUACAACAACUUCACAGGCUGAAACAACAACAGAGGCUACAACAUCUUCACAGGCUCCAACAACCACAGAAGGUGCAACUUCCCAGGCCCUAACAACCACAGAACCUACAUCAACUUCACAGGCUGAAACAACAACAGAAUCUGCAACAACUUCACAGGCUGAAACAACAACAGAAUUUACAACUACUUCACAGGCUACAGCAACAGAAUCUACAACCACUUCACAGGCUGAAACAACAACAGAGGCUACAACAUCUUCACAGGCUCCAACAACCACAGAAGGUGCAACUUCCCAGGCCCUAACAACCACAGAACCUACAUCAACUUCACAGGCUGAAACAACAACAGAAUCUGCAACAACUUUACAGGCUGAACCAACCACAGAAUUUACAACUACUUCACAGGCAACAACAACAACAGAAUCUACAACAACUUCACAGGCUGAAACAACAACAGAGACUACAAUAUCUUCACAGACUCCAACAACCACGGAAGAUGCAACAACUUCCCAGGCCCUAACAACCACAGAACCUACAUCAACUUCACAGGCUGAACCAACCACAGAACUUACAACCACUUCACAGGCUGAAGCAACAACAGAAUCUGCAACAACUUCACAGGCUGAAACAACCACAGAAUUUAGAACUACUUUACAGGAUACAACAACAACAGAAUCUACAACCACUUCACAGGCUGAAACAGCAGAAUCUGCAACAACAGAACUAACAACAACCCCUGCAUCUACAACAUCCACAGAGCAACCACCAACAUCAGAACCUCUAAAAACAAAUAUGACUUUUAGACUACCUGACAUGGAAUUUAGCAAUGAUCUCACUAACAGCAGCUCAGAGGAAUUCCAGAAACUACGAAGAGAAAUAGAGCAGACUAUCCAGAAUAUCCUAAAGACAAAGUUUGGGAAUUUGAAUGUCUCUGUAAUCUCAUUCAGCCCUGGAUCGGUGAUCGUCAUCUUACAAAUCCUCUUUCCCGAUGGCACUGUGGUGACUACUGCAGAUAUUCAAGCCUUGUUUGAUGAAGUGAGGAGGACUGGCAUGCUCGGAAACCUGACAGUGGAUGCUUUCAGCAUCACAUUUAAUGGUACACAGUUAUUGAUGCCAACAAGCACUCAGUCCAUGACAACAACAGAGACAAAGACAACCACAGAAGCUACAACAACUUCACAGACAUCAGCAACAAAAUCAACAAUGUCAGAGGCUCCAACAACAACAGAAGCUUCAACAACUUCACAGGCUGAAACAACCACGGAACUUACAACAUCUUCACAGGCUAUAAUAACCACAGAAGCUGCAACAUCUUCACAGGCUCCAACAACCACAGAAGCUACCACUUCACAUGUUUUAACUACCACCAAAGCAACAACAAAUUCACAAUCUGAAACAACCACAGAACCUACAACAACUUCACAGGCUACAACAACCAAAGAAGAAACAACUUCACAGGCCCUAACAACCACAGAACCUACAUCAACUUCACAGGCUGAACCAACCACAGAAUUUACAACUACUUCACAGGCAACAACAACAACAGAAUCUACAACAACUUCACAGGCUGAAACAACAACAGAGGCUACAACAUCUUCACAGGCUCCAACAACCACAGAAGAAUUUGCAACUACUUCACAGGCAACAACAACAGAAUCUACAACCACUUCACAGGCUGAAACAAGAACAGAGGCUACAACAUCUUCACAGGCUCCAACAACCACAGAAGGUGCAACUUCCCAGGCCGUAACAACCACAGAACUUACAUCAACUGCACAGGCUGAAACAACAACAGAAUCUGCAACAACUUCACAGGCUGAACCAACCACAGAAUUUACAACUACUUCACAGGCAACAAAAACAGAAUCUACAACAACUUCACAGUCUGAAACAACAACAGAGGCUCCAACAUCUUCACAGGCUCCAACAACCACAGAAGGUGCAACUACUUCACAGGCUACAACAACAGAAUCUACAACCACUUCACAGGCUGAAACAAGAACAGAGGCUACAUCUUCACAGGCUCCAACAACCACAGAAGAUGCAACUACUUCACAGGCAACAACAACAGAAUCUACAACAACUUCACAGGCUGAAACAACAACAGAGGCUAUAACAUCUUCACAGGCUCCAACAACCACAAAAGGUGCAACUUCCCAGGCCCUAACAACCACAGAACCUACAUCAACUUCACAUGCUGAAACAACAACAGAAUCUGCAACAACUUCACAGGCUAAAACAACAACAGAAUUUGCAACUACUUCACAGGCUACAACAACAGAAUCUACAACCACUUCACAGGCUGAAACAAGAACAGAGGCUACAACAUCUUCACAGGCUCCAACAACCACAGAAGGUGCAACUUCCCAGGCCAUAACAACCACAGAACCUACAUCAACUACACAGGCUGAAACAACAACAGAAUCUGCAACAACUUCACAGGCUGAACCAACCACAGAAUUUACAACUACUUCACAGGCAACAACAACAACAGAAUCUACAACAACUUCACAGGCUGAAACAAGAACAGAGGCUACAACAUCUUCACAGGCUCCAACAACCACAGACGGUGCAACUUCCCAGGCCCUAACAACCACAGAACCUACAUCAACUUCACAGGCUGAAACAACAAUAGAAUCUGCAACAACUUCACAGGCUGAAACAACAACAGAAUUUGCAACUACUUCACAGGCUACAACAACAGAAUCUACAACCACUUCACAGGCUGAAACAAGAACAGAGGCUACAACAUCUUCACAGGCUCCAACAACCACAGAAGAUGCAACUACUUCACAGUCAACAACAACAACAGAAUCUACAACAACUUCACAGGCUGAAACAACAACAGAGGCUACAACAUCUUCACAGGCUCCAACAACCACAGAAGGUGCAACUUCCCAGGCCAUAACAACCACAGAACCUACAUCAACUUCACAGGCUGAAACAACAACAGAAUCUGCAACAACUUCACAGGCUGAAACAACCACAGAAUUUACAACUACUUCACAGGCUACAACAGCAGAAUCUACAAACACUUCACAGACUGAAAUAAGAACAGAGACUACAACAUCUUCACAGGCUCCAACAACCACAGAAGGUGCAACUUCCCAGGCCCUAACAACCACAGAACCUAUAUCAACUUCACAGGCUGAAACAACAGAAUCUGCAACAACUUCACAGGCUGAACCAACCACAGAAUUUUCAACUACUUCACAGGCAACAACAACAACAGAAUCUACAACAACUUCACAGGCUGAAACAACAACAGAGGCUAUAAUAUCUUUACAGACUCCAACAACCACGGAAGAUGCAACAACUUCACAGGCCCUAACAACCACAGAACUUACAUCAACUGCACAGGCUGAAACAACAACAGAAUCUGCAACAACUUCACAGGCUGAAACAACCACAGAAUUUAGAACUACUUUACAGGCUACAACAACAACAGAAUCUACAACCACUUCACAGGCUGAAACAACAGAAUCUGCAACAACAGAACUAACAACAACCCCUGCAUCUACAACAUCCACAGAGCAACCACCAUCAGAGCCUCUAAAAACAAAUAUGACUUUUAGACUACCUGACAUGGAAUUUAGCAAUGAUCUCACUAACAGCAGCUCCGAGGGAUUCCAGAAACUACGAAGAGAAAUAGAGCAGACUAUACAGAAUAUCCUGCAGACAAAGUAUGGGAAUUUGAAUGUCUCUGUAAUCUCAUUCAGCCCUGGAUCGGUGAUCGUCAUCUUACAAAUCCUCUUUCCCGAUGGCACUGUGGUGACUAUUGCAGAUAUUCAAGCCUUGUUUGAUGAAGUGAGGAGGACUGGCAUGCUUCGGAAACCUGACAGUACACAGUUAUUGAUGCCAACAAGCACUCAGUCCAUGACAACAAAAGAGACAAAGACAACCACAGAAGCUACAACAACUUCACAGACAUCAGCAACAAAAUCCACAAUGUCAGAGGCUCCAACAACAACAGAAGCUUCAACAACUUCACAGGCUGAAAUAACCACAGAACUUACAACAUCUUCACAGGCUAUAAUAACCACAGAAGCUGCAACAUCUUCAAAGGCUCCAACAACCACAGAAGCUACCACUUCACAUGUUUUAACUACCACCAAAGCAACAACAAAUUCACAAUCUGAAACAACCACAGAACCUACAACGUCACAGGCUACAACAACCACAGAAAAAACAACUUCACAGGCCCUAACAACCACAGAACCUACAUCAACUUCACAGGCUGAACCAACCACAGAAUUUACAACUACUUCACAGGCAACAACAACGUCAGAAUCUACAACCACUUCACAGGUUGAAACAAAAACAGAGGCUACAACAUCUUCACAGGCUCCAACAACCACAGAAGGUGCAACUUCCCAGGCCCUAACAACCACAGAACCUACAUCAACUUCACAGGCUGAAACAACAACAGAAUCUGCAACAACUUCACAGGCUGAAACAACCACAGAAUUUACAACUACUUCACAGGCAACAACAACAGAAUCUACAACAACUUCACAGGCUGAAAUAACAACAGAGGCUACAACAUCUUCACAGGCUUCAACAACCACAGAAGGUGCAACUUCCCAGGCUCUAACAACCACAGAACCUACAUCAACUUUACAGGCUGAAACAACAACAGAAUCUGCAACAACUUCACAGGCUGAAACAACAACAGAAUUUGCAACUACUUCACAGGCUACAACAACAGAAUCUACAACCACUUCACAGGCUGAAACAAGAACAGAGGCUACAACAUCUUCACAGGCUCCAACAACCACAGAAGGUGCAACCUCCCAGGCCCUAACAACCACAGAACCUACAUCAACUUCACAGGCUGAAACAACAACAGAAUCUGCAACAACUGCACAGGCUGAACCAACCACAGAAUUUACAACUACUUCACAGGCAACAACAGAAUCUGCAACAACUUCACAGGCUGAAACAACAACAGAAUUUGCAACUACUUCACAGGCAACAACAACAGAAUCUACAACCACUUCACAGGCUGAAACAAGAACAGAGGCUACAACAUCUUCACAGGCUCCAACAACCACAGAAGGUGCAACUUCCCAGGCCCUAACAACCACAGAACCUACAUCAACUACAGAGGCUGAAACAACAACAGAAUCUGCAACAACUUCACAGGCUGAACCAACCACAGAAUUUACAACUACUUCACAGGCAGCAACAACAACAGAAUCUACAACAACUUCACAGGCUGAAACAACAACAGAGGCUGCAACAUCUUCACAGGCUCCAACAACCACAGAAGGUGCAACUUCCCAGGCCCUAACAACCACAGAACCUACAUCAACUUCACAGGCUGAAACAACAACAGAAUCUGCAACAACUUUACAGGCUGAAACAACAACAGAAUUUGCAACUACUUCACAGGCUACAACAACAGAAUCUACAACCACUUCACAGGCUGAAACAAGAACAGAGGCUACAACAUCUUCACAGGCUCCAACAACCACAGAAGGUGCAACUUCCCAGGCCCUAACAACCACAGAACCUACAUCAACUUCACAGGCUGAAACAACAACAGAAUCUGCAACAACUUUACAGGCUGAAACAACAACAGAAUUUGCAACUACUUCACAGGCAACAACAACAGAAUCUACAACCACUUCACAGGCUGAAACAAGAACAGAGGCUACAACAUCUUCACAGGCUCCAACAACCACAGAAGGUGCAACUUCCCAGGCCCUAACAACCACAGAACCUACAUCAACUACAGAGGCUGAAACAACAACAGAAUCUGCAACAACUUCACAGGCUGAACCAACCACAGAAUUUACAACUACUUCACAGGCAACAACAACAACAGAAUCUACAACAACUUCACAGGCUGAAACAACAACAGAGGCUGCAACAUCUUCACAGGCUCCAACAACCACAGAAGGUGCAACUUCCCAGGCCCUAACAACCACAGAACCUACAUCAACUACACAGGACGAACCAACCACAGAACGUACAACUACUACACAGACAACAACAGAACCUACAUCAACUUCACAGGCUGAAACAACCACAGAAUCUACAACAGUUUCACAAGCUACAACAACAGAAUCUGCAACAACUUCACAGGCUGAAACAACUACAGAAAUUACAACACCUUCACAGAAUAAACCAACCACAGAAGAUGCAACACCUUCACAGGCUCCAGCAAUAGAAACUACAAUUCCACAAGCUUCAACUACCACACAGUUUUCAACACCAACAGAGACAAUUAUAAGUACAGAACUAAAAACAACAGAACUAACAACCUCUACAUCUACAACAACCAUAAAGCCUCAGCCAAUAUCAGGGCCUCCAAAAGCAAAUAUGACUUUUACACUACCUGACAUGGAAUUUAGCAGUAAUCUCACUAACAGCAGCUCAGAGGAAUUCCAGAAACUACAGAGCGAAAUAGAACUGGCUAUCAAGAAUAUCCUACAGCAAAAGUUUGGGAAUUUGAAUGUCUCUGUAAUAUCAUUCAGACCUGGAUCGGUGAUCACCGUCUUAGAAAUCAUCUUUCCCAAUGGCACUGUGGUGAACAUUACAGAUAUACAAGCCUUGUUUGAUGAAGUGAGGAGGACUGGCAUGCUCGGAAACCUGACAGUGGAUCCUUUCAGCAUUAACUUUAAUGGUACAAAUGUAUUUUUUCUACCAACAACCUCUCAGUCUAUGACAUCUGUCAUAACAACAUCUGAAGUUCCUACCACGCCAAGCAUUACCAUACCUGAAGCCACCACUACCCCAAGUGCCACCACAACACCUGGAGUUACCACUGCAACAUCUGAAGUUACCCCCGCGACAAAUGAAGUCACUACUACAACAUUUGAAGUUACAACCACACCAAAUAACAUCACAACUCCUGGAGUUAAAACUACACCGAGUGUCGCUACAACACCUGAGGUCACCACUACGCCAAGUACCACCACAACACCAUUAAUGACCACUACACCUGUGGCCACCCCUACAGCAGGUGCCACCACAAAUAUUUUGGUCACCACUACACCUGUGAUUUCCACCACACCAGAUUCCACCACAAGUACUUUGGUCACCACUGUACCUCUGGUCACCACUACAGCAGGUGCCAGCACAAAUACUUUGGUCACCACUACACCUGUUGUCACCACUACAGCAGGUGCCACCACAACACCAUUAGUGACAACUACACCUGUGGUCACCACUACACUAGGUGCCACCACAACUACUUUGUCCACCACCACACCUACAACAGCUUCACAGGCUGAAACAACCAUGGAAUCUACAACCUCACAGGCUGCAACAACCUCAGAAGCUACAACAACAGAAUUUACAACUCCACAAGCUUCAAUUACCACACAAUCUUCUACAACAGAGACAAUGACAACCACAGAACCAAAAACAACUUCACAGCCUACAACAAUGACAGAGAUAAUGACAACCACAGAACCUACAACAAAUUCACAAGCUUCAACAACCACAGAAGCUACAACACCUUUACUGGCUAAAACCACAGAAUCUUCUACAACUUCACAGGCUCCUGCCACCACAGAACCUACAACAAUUUCACAGGCUACAACAAACACAGAAUCAACUACAAUGUCACAGUCUCCAACAACCUCAGAAGCAACAGCAACUUCACAGGCUGAAACACCCAUAGAAUUUACAAUAACUUCACUGGCUCAAACUACCAUACAAGCUACAACAGCUUCACAGUCUCCAACAACCACAGAAGCUACAACACCUUCCCAGGCUGAAACAUCUAUAGAAUCUUCAAUAACUUCACAGACUACAACAAUGACAGAAUCUUCAACAACUUCACAAGCUGAAACAACCACACACGCUACAACACCUUCACAGACUUCAAUAACCACUAAUGCUACAACUUUACAGGUUCCAACAACCACAGAAUCUACAAUAACUUCACAGUCUCCAACAACCACAGAAGAUACAACAACUUCACAGUCUCCAACAACCACAGAAUCGACAGCAACUUCCCUGGCUGAAACACCCAUAGAAUCUACAAUGAUUUCACAGACUACAACAAGCACCAACAAUUACAGAAGCUACAACAACUUCACAGAAUAA